GCGGAAAUCACCAACAAGCAGCCAUGUCCAUGCCCAGCAGCACCGACGAGUCCGCAGCGAGGCCAGCCGCCAAGCACGUGGCCUGGUCGCACGCGACCGUGUACGAGUUCUCCGUGGGCCAUGGCGGCAGCGCUAUCCCGCGCUCGGGCGGGCCCGCCAUUGGCCUGCGUGGCAUCCCGAUCCAGACGCACACUGUGGCAGUAGGCUGCAGUGCGACCAAGACGCCUCAAAAGGCGCAACGCAUGACCGCCGACGAACGAGCGGCGCUGCUCCGGGAGGCUGGCUACACCGACUUGUACAUUGAAAAGUUCACGCGGCAAACGCGUCGCAUCCUCCGGUCGCGGAAAGCCAACUCGAAGAAGGCCGAGAAGGAGCGCGAGCUGCGACGCCUCGAAGAAGCACUCAUCACGGCCAUCGAAGAUGACAUUGUGCAGCAGUGGCACAGCAACGAGGCACCGGCGGCGGCCGGGAAGCGCAAGCUCGAGGUCGUCCACAUUGAGGCGGACGCACCGGCCAAGGUGCAAAAGACCGAUCGCCUUGCGUUGCUCUACGACAUCUUUGCCUCCGAGUGUCAAUCGUCCAUCGUGGUCAUUUAAGACCGUGUGCCCAUUUCUCUAUUUAGUGGCGCGCCACGCUGAAAACGGCGGGAGAUCUUAUUUAACGCCCAUCAAUCCAUGCAACAUUUGUGUACUCGCA